AUGGCAAUAACACAACAUUUAUCUCACGUUAUGCAACAACUUAUGGGCAAUGAGAUUACUCAAGUGGGAUCCAGUCAAUCUAAUGGAGUAUCAAAUUCGAAUUCCAAAUAUAAGGAGGUUUACAAAUACGAGGCACCGCAUACACUGUACUCUACUGGUUGGUCUCAGCAUCCUGAUCCAGCAAAGAAGUUUCGCUUGGCAUUAGCUAGCUUCAUCGAGGAAUACAAUAAUAAGAUUUCAAUAGUGAAGCUUGAUGAAGACAUUGGUGAAUUUGUCGACUAUGGCAGCUUCGACCAUCCAUAUCCAGCUACAAAGGUCAUGUGGAUUCCAGACCAGAAAGGUAUAUAUCCAGACUUGAUUGCUACAACAGGAGAUUAUUUACGUCUAUGGCGCGUAGGUGGUGCUGAUGGAGCACAGAUUGAAGUUUUUCUUAAUAACAAUCGCAGCAGUGAAUACUGUGCUCCAUUGACGUCAUUUGAUUGGAAUGACGUAGAUGUUGGCUUGAUUGGUACUUCAAGUAUCGAUACGACGUGCACCAUUUGGCAAGUCGAGACCGGUCAGGCAAUCAGUGUUGCACGAUCAACGGAAGGUACCGUAAAGACACAGCUGAUCGCUCAUGAUAAGGAAGUAUUUGAUAUUGCUUUUACAAGAAUGGCGAGCGGUCGCGAAAUAUUUGCUAGAGCCGAUGGAAGCCUAAGAAUGUUUGAUUUGCGCCAUCUUGAGCACUCAACAAUUAUGUUUGAGGAACCAUCACAUGCUCCUUUGUUACGCUUGGAAUGUAAUAAGCAAGAUUGCAAUUAUAUAGCUACAUUUGUUCAAGAUUCUACAGAAGUGAUAAUUCUUGAUGUACGUAUUCCUUGCACACCUGUCGCAAAAUUGGAUAAUCAUCGGGGACGCGUAAAUGGCAUGGCCUGGGCACCGCAUUCUUCAUGUCAUAUUUGUACAGCAGGUGGUGACAGUCAGGCAUUAAUUUGGGAUAUUCAUACGAUGCCUCGACCUGUUGACGAUCCUAUUUUGGCUUAUCAAGCUAACGGCGAGAUUAAUCAGGUGCACUGGUCGACUGCCUUUCCAGACUGGAUAUCAAUUUGUUAUAAAAACAUGCUAGAAAUAUUGCGAGUGUAA